AUGUCUGUACAGAUGCCAGCGCAAGGUGAAGCCCUGAAAGCUGUCAUGGUUUGGAUUCACGGAGGAUGUUUCACCGCGGGAAAGGCUAAUUUGUAUAAGCCCCAUUACUUUGUGGACAACGAUGUUGUGUUUGUUAGUAUGAAUUACCGUCUCGGACUACUAGGUUUCCUCAGCACCGGAGACCAAGUCGUUCCUGGAAACAUGGCCCUCAAGGAUCAAGUGGAGGCCCUGAGGUGGGUGCAGAGAAAUGUAGCUGCGUUUGGCGGAGAUCCAGAGAGAGUGACUAUCUUUGGCCAAAGCGCUGGAGGAGCUUCUAUUCAUUACCACGUCUUGUCUCCACUUAGUAAAGGUCUGUACAAGAACGCCAUAGCAAUGAGCGGAUCAGCUCUGAGCCCCUGGGGUUUCUCCAGAAACGCAACAGACAGAGCAAUACGCUUCGCGCAGUAUUUGGGAUUCUCAGGGCAGAACACCACAGAGCUUGUAGAUUUUCUCAAAACCGUGGAUGCACGGACCCUAGCCAACGACAUUUACUACGCCCUUUCAGAGGAGACGCUGGGCUAG